CAUGAAUUCAAAAUGGCUGCGUUGUGUUUAUCAAAAGCAAAAUGCAAAACUAAGAUUAAUUUGCUUUCCCUGGGCUGGUGGAGGAGCGGCGUUCUAUGCCAACUGGGGUAAAAAGUUUGCAAGCGAAGUAGAAGUGCAUGGAGUUUGUUUGCCUGGUAGAGAGAGUAGGUUCAAGGAAUCUUUCAUUAUUGAUGACUGGGAAUCAUUUUUAAGUGAUUUCUGUGAGGAUGUUCUGGAGAUUUUAAAAGGAAAGCCAUUUGCAUUUUGGGGUCACAGUCUGGGAGCCAGAUUGUGCUUUGAAGCAGCAAAGUACCUGAAACUGUACUACAACUCGCAGCCAGUUCACUUGCUAAUAUCAUCAGCAACUGCACCCCAGGUGGCAAAAAUAACACUAGACGUUUCAACUCAAACUGAUGAUGAUUUGAUUAAAAAAAUCAGCAGCUGGGGAGGAACACCAAAAGUAUUGACAGAGAGCAAAGACAUGAUGAAGAUAGCUGCACGUGUGUUAAGAGCUGAUCUCACGCUGCUGCAGAACUACAGAUUUGAAGAGAGUGCCAAUGGUGUCGUCCUUGAUUGUCCUCUGACUUGUUUUGACGGAUCGGAUGAUCUUCACGAUCAAGAUGGGUGGGCGGAACUUACAUCGGGGUCUUUCAAAAGACACGUUCUGCCUGGAGGGCACUUUUACUUCAUGGAAGGAGGCAAUGAACUGUCUCUCACAAACCAUAUUUCGGACGCCUUGCGAUUACAUUACACUCCAAGUCCUUGAUUGAAUCAUGCGCUGAUCCUGGAUUUAGCCAGAUUUGGCCGGAUUGAUAGGGCCGGGUAAAGCGAACCCUACACGGGCUAAGAUUUUCGUCACCUUAUAGAGGAGGUCGCCUAAGAUAUAAGCUCUAGAACUUUGGAAGUACAUCAUACAUGCUAGACAUGGGGCACAUCACGGAGAACUGAGUCAGACUGAGACUGAAAGCUGGAACAUCACAGAGUAGAAUUUUUUCCACGUUUUGAGUGUCGAGUUGCUUGAUCACUUAGAAGAUGAAACGAUUUUAUUUUAAUAAAGGGGGUAAG